AUGUAAGAAAAUAAUGAAUAAGCGUUAGACGAUCUGAGUAAAGAAGUAUUAGUUUCAUAAUUGAAGGAUAAAGUAUAUAAUACUAAAUAAAUGAUAAGAUAAAGGAGAACAAAACUAUUACCAAAAAAUUAGAUAAAUUAUCUGAGAAAUAUGUUUAGACUUAUAAAGAGUAUAAAUUAAUUGCCAAAGACAGGGAUACUUUAUUUUAAGCCAUUUCAUCAAUUUUAAAUGAUGAAUUAUAUAAAUUUGAAUAGAAGCCUUUGGGUUUUAUAUAUAAAUAAAUAUAGGAUAAUUUGAUCAAAAUCAAAUUCUGGAUUUAUUUAAGUAAAAGGAUGAAGACAAAUCUAAAGCUUUAACAAAUCUGAUUAAAGAAACUAAUAAUGAAAAAUUUCAAUUAGAAGAAAAAUAUCGUUAAAUGAUAGAGAAAUAAGGUUAAAAUACUGAUUAAAAGACUCAAUAAAUAAUUAAAUAGCUAAAAUAACAAAUAAAUGAUCUAGAUGUAAAUAAUACAAGAUUGGCCAAAGAGAUAAUUGAACUUAAUGACAUAAUACAAAUUAAAAAUUAAUAAUUACAAACUCUUAAUUAAUUAGAAGAAGAUAAUGCAAAUUUGAAAACCUAAUUAAUGGUCUAAGAAUUAUAAUUAUAAUAACCUGAUAGAGCAAAUAAAAUAAAUUCAUCAGAUCUUAUGAAUGAAUAAUUAAAGUAUAAAUAAUAGAUUGACAAACUCUUAUAAGAAAUUUAAAAGUAGAAUAUUAAAAUCUAAGAUUUGGAAUCAUAAUUAUAAUCUAAAUAAAAAGUAGAGACUGCUAAAGUUAUUUAAAAGAAUUAUGAAACUCCAACACCUGAUUAUGAUGAAAUUAAUCCAUUUGAAUAGGAUAAUACUUUAAAAUAAUAAGAAAUUAUUAUAAACAAAUAGAUAUCCAAUAAAUAAAUAUAAACAGAUCCAACUACAUAGAAUAGAGAAGAAGGUGAUAAUAGAAAUGUUAAUUUUGAAUAUUUAAGGAAUGUUGUUUACAAAUACUUUUUGUAUUAAGAAACUAGGAAUUAUAAGGAAGCUACUAUUUUAAUGAAUGCUAUUAUGACAAUUUUGAAAAUGUCUAAUGAAGAGAAAAGGAGAAUAGAUUAAGCUAGAGAGAGGGGUUUCAUUAAGAAUGCUAAGAAUCUCCUAAGUGAUAGUUUUGCAUGUCUCAAGUAACCACAAUUAAAUGAUAUGAAUUUGGAUAGACCUAUCAGUAGAGUUGAGUAAAUGAAUAAACAUAUGAUGAAUUGA